AAAAUUUCCAGUCUCCACUUUAGAAAGGGAAAGAAUUUCCUAGUCUAGUUUGCAGGUUCUUACACUCGCGUGUUGUAAUUCUCUGUGAAAAUUUAACAAAAAUUUAAAAGAUGUCGACAACUCACAGACACCGAUAUAAAAAUGUUGGAUUGGAUUCGAGCGAGAUGCGCCGCCGAAGGGAGGAGGAAGGCAUCCAAAUCCGAAAACAAAAACGUGAACAACAAUUGAUCAAACGAAGAAAUGUCGAUGUGCCAGUUAAUAUGGAAAGUGACAAUAUUCAGGAGGAAGAAAUGCAAAUGCAACAAAACUCAAUCAUCAAAAAGGAAAUGAUCGAUCCUUUGUAUAGUGACGAUGAGAGUGUUCAAUUGAUAACAACUCAGAAAUUUAGGAAACUCUUAUCGAGAGAUCCUAAUCCACCGAUUGAGGAAGUCAUUCAAAAGGGUAUUGUUCCACGUUUUGUGACGUUUUUAAAAAAUAACUCAAAUGCUUCAUUGCAGUUUGAAGCUGCAUGGACAUUAACAAAUAUAGCAUCAGGAACAUCACAACAAACUAAAAUUGUUAUUGAAGCUGGAGCUGUACCAAUAUUUAUUGAAUUACUUUCUAGUCCACAUGACGAUGUACAAGAACAAGCUGUAUGGGCACUUGGCAAUAUUGCAGGUGAUUCGUCUGUUUGCCGGGAUCACUUGCUUAAUUCUGGCAUACUUCCACCUUUAUUGCAGGUUUUAAGCAAAGAAGAACGACUCACAAUGACUAGAAAUGCUGUUUGGACUUUAUCGAAUUUGUGUCGAGGAAAGAAUCCACCAGCUGAUUUUUUAAAAAUUGUCAAAGGCCUACCGACACUUGCACGUCUCCUCAAUCACAACGAUGCUGAUAUUCUCAGUGACACUUGCUGGGCCAUUAGUUACUUAUCUGAUGGACCAAAUGAUAAAAUAAAAGCUGUCAUAGAUGCUGGUGUUUGUCGUCGUUUAGUUGAACUUCUUAUGCAUCCCCAAAAUAACGUAGUAACUGCAGCUUUACGAGCUGUUGGCAACAUAGUAACUGGCGAUGAUGUUCAAACGCAAGUUAUUCUAAAUUGCAACGCAUUACCUUGUAUAAGUGCAUUGUUGAGCUCUGAACUCGAAACCAUCAAAAAAGAAGCCUGCUGGACUAUUUCGAAUAUUGCUGCUGGCAAUCGUCAACAAAUUCAGGCUGUCAUUGAUGCAAAUAUAUUUCCAAUUUUAAUGAGUAUUCUCCAGACGUCAGAUUUUAAAACAAAAAAAGAAGCAGCAUGGGCCAUAACAAAUGCCACAAGCAGUGGUACAGCUGAACAAAUUAGAUAUUUGGUUCAUGUAGGGUGCAUUCCGCCAAUGUGUGAUUUCCUAACGGUAGUCGAUUCCGAUAUCGUCCAAGUAGCACUAAACGCUUUAGAGAACAUAUUGAAGGCCGGCCAAAAGAUCACAACCAGACCUAAUCCCUAUGCAAUGAUGAUUGAAGAAUGUGGAGGUCUUGAUAAAAUUGAAUAUCUUCAAUCGCAUGAAAAUCGUGACAUCUAUCACAAAUCCUUCUACAUCAUUGAACAAUACUUUGGCAAUGAAGAAGAAGAUGCCCGCGUUGCGCCCUCAGCAGAAAACAACCAAUACAAUUUUAAUCCCGAUCAGUCAGCUCCUCAUGGUGGUUUCAAUUUCUAACCCAACUAAUUAGAAACAUAAAAACAAAAAAUAUGGAAAUUUACAAUUAUUUGUCAUGCACACGUCUUUAAAAAAAAAAAAACGAAACAAAAAACAAAAAAAAUCAAUUUGCAAGAUUUUUAAACACAAAAAACAAACAAAAAAACGGAUAGCUCCUCUCCGAGCACGUUCGCGAAACGAAUGCAUAAAAAUAAUCCUAAAAAAAAAAGAAAACAAAAAUGACGAAACCAUCAAAAAAACACAUAGUUUCGCAUUUACACAUUUUUGUUGUUGUUUUAUUCAAUCGUGGGUUUUAUUAUAGCUAACGAAUAAUUUUUUUUUUCGUGUUUGCUUUUUUAAAAAAUAAUUUUUUUUGCUCGUGUAACAAUAUUUCUACAUAAUAUUAUUAUUAUUAAUUUUCAAUAUUCUUAAUUAAUUUGUUUUGUUAUGUAUAAUGUACAUAUUAUAUUAAACAUUUAAACUA